UCUCUCUCUCUGUCUGUCUCUCUCUCUCUCCUCCUCCUCCUCCUCCUCCUCCUCAGUGCCUCUCUCCCUCUCUCUCCCUCUCUCUCCCCAGUCUUCACCUAGGUCUCUCUCCCAGCUGAGGGGUGGAGGCUGACGGCCGAUGUCUUUUUCCAGUGGAGAGAGGGAUGGAGGAAAGAGGGAAUUAGUAGCCAUCCUUCAGUCGGUCCUCGCAGACAGCGACUUGAUAAUCGCAGCGCGGCCCCUCAGCAGGAGCAUUUUGAUGGGAGCAAAACGGCUUAAAAUGACCCGGGGAGUGACCACCGUGUAUCCGCUGCACAAGGCUUGAAUCCACCUAGAAACCCCAUGGAGCAGGAUGUGGAGAGCCCGGCCAUCAUCAGACAGCCCAAGCUGCCAAAGCAGGCCCGUGAGGACCUGCCUAAACGGCUUAAAGAGAUGGACAGAACGAAGAAGAUCCAGCGGUACGUCCAGAAAGACGGCAAGUGCAACGUCCAUCAUGGAAACGUCCGGGAGACGUACCGUUACCUGACGGACAUUUUCACCACGCUGGUAGACCUCAAAUGGAGGUUCAACCUCUUCAUCUUUGUGCUGGUGUACACAGUGACUUGGCUCUUCUUCGGCUUCAUGUGGUGGCUUAUUGCAUACCUCCGGGGCGAUCUGGACCAUUUAGCAGACAACAAGUGGACUCCAUGUGUCAAUAACCUCAAUGGGUUUGUAUCAGCUUUUCUGUUCUCCAUUGAGACGGAGACCACCAUUGGUUAUGGAUACAGAGUCAUCACGGACAAAUGCCCCGAGGGGAUACUUCUGCUUUUAAUUCAGUCUGUGCUGGGAUCUAUCGUGAAUGCCUUCAUGGUGGGCUGCAUGUUUGUUAAGAUCUCACAGCCCAAGAAGCGAGCUGAGACACUAGUGUUUUCCACCAAUGCGGUCAUCUCAAUGAGAGAUGGACGGCUGUGCCUGAUGUUCCGAGUUGGAGACCUCCGAAACUCGCACAUCGUGGAGGCGUCAAUCAGGGCCAAGCUCAUCAAGUCAAAGCAGACCAAGGAAGGGGAGUUCAUCCCUUUGAACCAGACAGACAUAAAUGUUGGCUACAACACGGGAGAUGACAGGCUGUUCCUCGUGUCGCCGCUCAUCAUCUGCCAUGAGAUAAACCAGCACAGCCCCUUCUGGGAUAUCUCACAAGCCCACCUGGCCAAGGAAGAGCUGGAGAUUGUUGUGAUUCUGGAGGGGAUGGUGGAGGCCACAGGCAUGACGUGCCAGGCGAGGAGUUCCUACGUCAGCAGCGAGAUCAAGUGGGGCUACCGCUUCACCCCGGUCCUGACGCUGGAGGACGGCUUCUACGAGGUGGACUACAACAGCUUUCACGACAUCUACGAGACCAACACCCCCCCUUACAGUGCCAAAGAGCUCUCCGACAUGGCCAACCGCAGCCGACUGCCCCUCACUUGGUCGCUCGCCAGCAAGCUGAGCCAGCAGGGACUGCCAGAGUCCGAGCAGGAGGGUCAGGAGACCAAGACCGGCCUGGACGAGCAAGGGAAGAGCCAGCAGACUGAGAGGAACGGGGACAUUGCCAACAUCGAGAGCGAGUCUAAAGUGUGAGAGACGGCGCGCGUGAGGUCUGUGUGAGAUUACUGCGUGCUGUGCGUCUCGCCGCGAGAGCCUGCGGUGAGACUGCGAAGUACGAGACGAGGACAAACGAGCACAGUAGACCAAGUCCCCCUGCACCUGCACCAAGACCCGCUUCUUCUCAGUGAUUCACCCCCCCAAAAACAACAUCUGUGUAGACAUGUGGCCCGCCGCUGAACUGGAAUCCCUUUUUGCGGCAAGUGCAUGUUUCAACUAUAAUGUGAUGUCCUCCUGAUGAGAUUCCCAUUAUUUUUUCUAUUAAGAUAUUCCUAGGGGCAUUUGCAUAAGUAUUUUUGUAUAUACUAUAACACGUUUUGAAUUAUUUGUUUUGUUGCGGUGUGAAUAUUUGACAGAUGUUUGAUACUAAUAAUACCUUUUAGGUUAGUUCUGUAUAUAUUCUAUGCCUUACUGUGUGUAUAAAGCUUUCAUUAUU